AUGUGGUGGCCUUUUGGAUCUAAGUGUUGGUUAUACUUGGAAAAGAUCCCAGAUUUUCGGUUUUCUGGAUUCAGUAUUGGCAACACCGGCACCAUAUGGCAUCUCUCAGUCUACCCAAUGGGGCCGAAUUCAACUCCCCAAAUCUACAAACUCCCCAGCUAUAUCUCGGACACUGAAUCCGUCUUGGGUGGCUGGAAGCUCUCUGUUCAGAUCACGAGAGCCCAGUCUUUAAAUAACAUUCCAGGUUGGGGUGGUAUUGAUGCCAUGGUUGUAGUAAAAUAA